AUGAGGGCGGGGCAAAGGGCGGUCCUCAAGGUGAGCAGCGCAGGCCGACUCAAGGGCAGGCCCUGGGCGGUGGCUGCGGAGGAACCCAGCUAUGAGUACGGCUCCACGAAGUACCUGCAGGGCCGGUGGGCCUUCUACAAAGGCGUGGCGCUGCGCUGGAUGCAGCAGAUCCCCUACACCAUGAUGAAGUUCGCCUUCUUCGAGCGCACUGUCGAGGCGCUCUCCAAGUAUGUGGUGCCCAAGCCGCAGAGCCAGUGCACCAAAGCUGAGCAGCUGGCCGUGACCUUCGCGGCCGGCUACAUAGCUGGCGUCUUCUGCGCCGUCGUGUCCCACCCUGCUGAUUCCGUCGUGUCCGUUCUGAACAAGGAGAAAGGCAGCACAGCCUUUGAGGUUCCCCGCAACCUAGCGUUUGGGGCCGUGUGGAAGGCCCUGUUCGCCCGGAUCAUCAUGAUUGGCACCCUGACCGCGCUGCAGUGGUUCAUCUGUGACUCGGUCAAGGUCUGUUUCAAGCUGUCUCGCCCUCCGGUCCCUCAAACACCCAAAUCCCUAAAGAAGCGAAGUAGGCAUGGAUUGGACAACUCCUGUGGCCACCGUUGUCCAGUAUUUCGAUUCGGUGCGGAAUUGCAUUCAAACAAUACUAGUGUGUAGGAUGUUAACGUUUGUGGAGAGGUGACAACGUGCAGACCGACUUUUCUUUAAAUGAUUGAUUCCUUCUUUCUGGCAAUCCAAGAGAAUUGCAACCGUUUCUUUUGGGGGUUUGAACCAUUAUCUUUGGGGAGUCGGCAUGGUUGCUUUAACUCAAUAGCUUUUCCACAAUCAUAAGGAAAAAAUUCUUAACAGGAAGUAAUGUUAGGUGAUUUCGUGCCUCUAGAUUGCAUCUUCUUUGAUUCACCAUUCGGUGGAGAUUAUCCAAGCAUCACUACUGAAUAGCCUACUAAUGAGGUUUUAAGGUCAGCACAACUAUGUGGGACAGAGAGCAAAGUAAAAUUCUGCUACAUGGUGCUCAUCUCAGUAGAAAUCGUGCACCUAUUGAAUAGAUAAAGGAUCCAUUCCAUAUUUCCUGUUCAUGUCCAUUACAGGUAAAAAUUAUUAAACGUUAAAUUGUGACUUACAUUGCCUGAUAGCUUAGAAAGCAUUCACUGUUUUCAAAGGGCAUGACAUGAAAUCUGCAUUUUCUCAUUUGGCUUUGUCCUAUUCUCUUCCUGAUGUUGCUGAUUAGAACCUAGCUCGCUCCAGGAAGUGCUACAAUUGGAUCAAUGUGGAAAACCAAAAUGAGAUGAAGGGCAGGCUCUGGGAGUAAGUAUGUAAAGAAAAGUCUCUGUUCUCUAAAGAUUUCUUUUGUACAACUCAGCUUUCAACAGCCAUACAUCCAAAGAAAAUCAUACCACCCUGACAUUUAAACACACACACACACACACACACACACACCUACAAAUUCCAACAAAUUUUGAUCAAAUAUUAAAGAAUGUUUUUUGUAAUUUUGAAAGGAAAAAAAUCUCACUUUUAGUGUAACAAAUGUCAUUCAUUUAAUGUGGUAGAUAUUUCAUUGAUCUUUACAGGGGUUGAGGUUCAUAAAAUUUAUUGAAGUUAUAAGGCACGUUUUCAGUUUUCUGUAGCCUUCACAUCUCUGACUGGGGAAACUAUAAAAUUAGUGAAAUUCUGUGAAUUAGAGAUGUUUGUAGAAUGUGAAUAAGAAAUAAACUUCAAUAUGAUAUUUGAUAUGAUUUACCAAAAUGUUACACAAUUGCCCUAACAACUUGUAUUAAAAACCACAAACUUAGGAUAUGUUAAUGUUUUAACUAUGUAAUAGUAAACUGUUUAGUGGUUAACAGAAAAAAAGUGGCUAAGUAUGUUUGAACAUCUUGACUAGAUAAUAAAGAGCUUGGAGGGAAAAAAUCA